UUCAAAUGUGUCAAAUCUUUAAUAUUUUUAUUUAUAUAUUUUUUCGUGUAACGAUACUAUAUUAUAAAAAUGGUGACGAUGAAUACAAACAAAUUCGUAUUCUUGAAGACUAGAAGUGUUUUUAGUUGAUACAAAAGUUGUCAGCGAUAUUUAUUUUAUAUUUGGUCAAAUGCUACAAUUUAUGGACAUUUUAAAACGGCUUUUAACAUGCAUUUUGAUCAUAUUAUUUUGCUGCGAGUAUUUGAUAUACAAAGUUGUCAUAUAUCAAUGUUCGUGGCCGCUUUUGGAAAGCAAAGACAGUUUUAGAAACGGUAAAUUCGUGGAUAAGAGUCAGAAUGUCCAUGCAAUAUUGCUGUCAGAUCCUCAUCUCCUGGGACCGCGAUAUGGUCAUUGGUUUGAUAAACUACGACGGGAGUGGCAGAUGAGACGAAGUUUCCAGACAGCAAUGAAUUAUUUUGAUCCUGAAGUGGUGUUUAUAUUAGGAGAUGUUUUUGAUGAGGGAAUGAUUUGCACUGAUAAUGAGUGGGAGCAUUAUGUUUCACGCUUUCAUGAUAUAUUCCACCAUCCUGAAGAUGUUCAGUUACACAUAAUUCCAGGGAAUCAUGAUAUUGGCUUCCAUUACAGGAUGCUUGGCAGGUCUGAAUUAAGCAAAAGAUUUCAAAGAGAUUUUAAUAUUACUGGAGUGAAUUUUGUUAAUUUGAAAGGAAAUGUGUUCAUUCUGGUGAACUCGAUGGCACUAGAACAAGAUGGGUGUUCAUUGUGUACAAAAGCCGAGGAAAACUUAAAGUCAAUUUCCAGCAAAUUAAAAUGUCUUCAUAAAGAUAAAAUUACUUUGAAUUUUUGGAAAAAGAAAUGUGAAUUGGAGCCUUUCAUGUCGGACCCAAUUCUUUUACAGCAUUUUCCAUUGUAUCGAUCCUCUGAGGUGAACUGCACGGGUCGCGAUUCACCUCCAGCCGAACGCCGCCAAUUGAGAAACCGAGAUGGUUGGGAGGUUCUAUCCCAGGAUGCAUCAGAACUCUUGAUGACAUCACUUCAACCUAGAGCUAUCUUUAGCGGUCAUACACAUCACAGUUGUCAUGUUAUUCACAAUGAAGAUAUCCAUGAAUUCACAUUGCCUUCCUUCAGCUGGAGAAACAGAAAUGAUCCAAGUUUCAUUUUGGCGGUUUUCAACCCAAAUACCUAUUCAAUUCAAAAGUGUUUUCUUCCUGAAGAAAAUUCUGUCAUCUUUCUUUACAUCUUGUUGGGAGUUUGCAGUUUGUUUUACACAUUUUGGAACAGUUUUAGAAGGAACUUUCAUCGCUCGCAAAUUUGCAAAAUGAGGAUAUUUUAUCACAGAGAACCUGUGAAAAUAUGCUAGAUAAUUCAGUCAUUUUAUAUUGAUAUAUUGGUAUAAUAAAUAUAAGGAAUCAUGCAAGAUUGAAAGUCAAGAAAACAUUCUCCCAAGAGCAGCUUGGCAGAAGGUUAUUGGAAUGGUUCUUUUCCAUGUACGCAGUAAAAACCAAUAAUUUAAACUGCAGUGUGCAAGCUACAUAUGUUGUUGGACAUUACAAGAGCCACGCAAACACCAGUUAAUUUUAAACUCUACGAAACAAUAUUAAUUUAAUGAACAACAAAUGUACAGAAGAGAUUACACUGUUUAGUUUAAAGACUUCUUUUCUACACUUCGUACUAUCUAAACUUGGUACGUAUCUAAUCUUAUCACCAAGUUUCCAAGCAAUAACCGAAUAUUUACAAUGAUCAUGCCAGCUGGGGUUUAUCGUACACAUCUAGACGUUUUUGUUUUCCAGAUACUGUCAAAUGUUAUGUUUUUUAUCUUGUAUUAAUGCAGGCAAGUGGUGAAUGCAAAAUGUGGUAGAUUUUUGGCCCAAACA